GUAUGUCAUGCAAGUUUCGUGGAUAGUACAUGUGGUUUUUACGUUGUGAUUAUAUUUAUUGUACGUAGUAUUUUCUUCAGACUAGUUAAUUUUAUGUAUUAAUUUUUAACAUGGCUGAAGAUACCCAAAGCCAGGUCCUCGCGAUAGUGGCAAACAUAACAAAAAAACAAAAUGAUAAUGAAAAACCAGAAAACGAAGAUGAAGAUAAUAAACAGAAAGAAAAAUCGUCGUCAACUAAACCAGAAAACAUAAGAGGCCUUCCCAAGUCUGGAAGAUUUUGGAAAUCUCAAAAGGAGAAGUUUUCAAACAUUAACAAAACAAAGGGACUUAGAAACAGCUUUGAGAGGAAAAAAGCAUUGCGUGCAGAGCUACAGAAAACGAAAGAGCUAUCUAAACAAUUAUUAGAAGAAAUUAAACAGAAGGAACUGAACAGGAAGGAACGGCGGCGACAAAACUUACAACGCGCCGAGGAAAACAAACGUAAAGCAGAAGUAGUCCAAGUUAUCACGAACACAGCUAAGCUAAAGAGAAUGAGGAAGAAACAACUACGAUUCAUUGAGAAACGUGACACUAAUAAGCAAAUUGAAGCCAAUAAAUAAUCUUUUUUUAAUAA